AUGCGCUUCACUCAGCCUCUCCUCCUCCUCUCAGCAGGACUCUUCUCUGUCACAUCCGCCCUGCCGGUUGACACCACCCGAGAUUUGGAAGCCCGAGCCCUUCUCCCUCUGGCAGUUCCAACCUCUUCGGCCACCCCCACAACAUCUACCGCCGCUUCCGCCGCAACCUCUGCCGCCGCAACCUCCACGGCAACCAACGACCCAUCAGGCCCAUCCAGCACCGCUGACGGCGAGACUGAAUGCGAGGCCGAAGCUGAGAACAACGUCCAGGGCGGCGCGGCUUCCUCUUCCGGAUGCGGCAGCGCCGGCAACACCAGCAGCACCAGCAGUACUUCCGGCGGCCUCAGCUCAAGCAGCGGCUCCUCUGCUAGCGGAGGAGACAGCUCCAGCUCUUCCAGCAGCAGUUGCAACGAACUUACUUGCUCCGGCACCUCUGGCGCUGCUGGCUCUGGCGAGGGAAGCAAUGCCAGCUCCAGCAGCAGUGGCGGUAUCUUGGGAGGAUCGCUCAUUGGGACUCGCGCGGAGGAGUUUGUCGCUUAG